GGGCGGUUUGAAGAAGGCGCUGGCCAAUGAGCGCGCCGGGGCCGUUGGCCGCGGCGGACGGACGGUUGGGCGGGCUGCGCCGAGAUCCCGGCAUGGAGCGGGCGGGGGGCGCCGGCGCUUCCGCGCAGGAAGAGCGAAGAAGACAGCUCCAGGAGUACCUGGCAGCCAAAGGAAAGCUAAAACGCCCAAGUACAAAACCCUACUUAAAGGACCGGACUAAUCACCUGAAUCCACUCGUAAAACCACUUUCUAAACCAGAGCAUGUUGCCGGGAGCAAGAAGGACGUUCUCGCGAACGCGGCGAAGGGCGCUCGCAAGGAUGACGAGCGUGGCGUCACACGGCGCGCCGGCCACGAUCCUCAGCAGAGGUCCUCAAACGCAACCCAGAGAGCAGCGGUGGUACCUCCGGAGCAGUUUCGGAAGAGCACGAAGCUGCCCCCGGGGCUCAUACCCAGCACAAACCACUCCGCACAGCCCAGGAGGCUGCCAACUUCUACCUCUUGUCACCUAAACGCAGAAGGGACUGAGGAAGCUGCGAAGGAGACUGUCACUGCUGUCGUUCUGACUGGAAGCGACCUCCUGCCUGGAGCAGCUCGCUCACUAAAUAAGAGCCUGCAAGAAAGGCUGGUCUGCAACAAAGAGAACUUCCCGGGACAAGCCCCUUCGGACCCUGCGCUGAGCAGCGUGUUGCAGUCUGAUGGAAACGGUCCCAGGAACAGGAAAGUCCUGGCUCAUAAACAAACCUCUGGUGCAAUAUCGAGGACCAUCCGGGGCCCAAAAGACAGAACUAACAGCCACCAGAAGAGGGAGGAGCUGAUUCACGAUCAGCUCGGGAAAUCCCUGCUGGCCUCCAAGAACGCUUCUCAAAAACCGAGCAGCAAGACUCCGGCGUUGCAACCCCCUUUGUUACCUGCUGUCUCUAGGACUUGGCUACAUAAAAAACCAGGAGCAAAACAUGAGAGUAUUAACACGGCGAGGCAGCCCGUAGGGAAGCCACUUGGCACGCUUCCGGCGGGAGGUUUUAAGCACCACAGUAGAGCUCCCCACCUGAAAAGAUCUCCCGCAAAGCCUCCGGCCUCCAGCAGGCCCCAGGUGACCGCAAAACCGGGGUCCCCAAGGAGAUCCAGCCUGAGACUGGCUGGCGCCGGGCAACGGCAAAGGACCGUGGUUAAAGGGGAGGCGGGUAGGAAGGAUGUGAAGAUGGUGCCUCAGGGGCGCACAGCGGCAUCCCAAGUGACCGGCCCCCAAAACCAGGCUCGCAGCGCACACGGCUCCAAAACUCAGGCGAUUGAGAGCGAAUUUAAGACUAGGAGAGAACAGCUGAAACCCGAGCUGCCAAAGGCAAGCGGAGUGCAGGCGAAGCGUGUUCCCAAGACCCCAUCGGCUGAGGAUCGUAAGAAACAGCUGGAGCAGUGGUUGGCAUCCAAAGGGAAGUCAUACAAACGGCCACCUAUGACACUGCCUCCGAAAAAGCCGGUGAAAGAGAAGCUACCCUUCAGGAGCGAUGCCAAGGAGGAAAAAGAGGAGAAACCAGAGCAGUUCUGCUUGGACAGGAUCAAUAGCAUCUUAACUGACUGCCUGAAGCUCGUUGAGGAGGGUGUCCCUUCGGAGGAGCUCCUGGAGAUGCUGUCCCAUGUCCCCCACGCAGAGAAGUUUGCCAAGUUCUGGAUCUGCAAAGCAAAGCUGCUGGCCCGGAGCGGCCCCUUUGAUGCCACGGGGUUGUACAAAGAGGCGGUGUGUGCCGGUGCUGUGCCGCUCGAGGAGCUCAGAGAAGUUGUCCUUGGUAUUUUGAAGACCACAGAGAGAACAUCAGAAGGGGAAAAGGCUGAGCAGCCUGCUCUUUGGCAGCCCGCGACACCUUGCCCAAGCGAGAGGCAGCACGUGGGAGCGACACCCUGCCUGACGGGAAAGUGCCCCACCAGCCUGCCCGUCUCUUCAAUCAAAUUACAAGUUGUGUCCAUACCUAGACGAAAAGAGCGGCCAGAAGGCCAGGAGCUGAAAUUCCUGACGCCCGUGCGGCGCUCGCUGCGGAUAGAGCGGGCUGGGAGCCGCUACCCAGAGAUGCUGAAGGAUCACGACACCGUGGUGUCAUCCCUCGAUGAACUGCUGGAUGGUGAAGAGGAGAGCCAGCUCUUUUUCCGGAAAAACAAGGCCUUGCCAGAGGUGGCAGAGAUGGAGGUUCUGGCUUUGUAGCCCUCAAAGCGCUGCCGAGGGCUUUCCCGAGUGAUGCAGCCCGGCAGGCUGUUGGCUCUUCCGUGCUACCUGCCGCCUCACACUUCUUUCAGUCACUUCUCUCGUUGCCUCUUAGUCAGGUGUAAAUACGCAGGGAUGGCAUGUAAUUAACCUUUUCUGCUGUUUUUAAAUACAUAUAUAUAUAUAUAUAAACUUGCAGUAGAGCUGCAGUGUGGCUUGGUGGAUAGCGUGCAAGAUCCAGGACUGGAGACCCAGGUUCUGCGCAGGACCGGCUUUGGUUCAUCACCGUGGUGACACGUGCCCUGAUUUUCCUGCUGUAAGAUGGUAUCAUUCAGUCUCCGCUCUGCGCCAGCCGCUUUCCGAUGUUUUGGAAGCGAUGUCCUGAGGGAUUUGCUCCGUAGCUAUGCCGUGGCCUACCUGGUCAUCAUCUAGAUGCUCUCCACUGGGAGGCAUGCACUGACCGCAUCUGGGAGGUCUUGGGUUGCUUGCGGUAGUGCCAACCGAGUCACACUCGUGACAUGCUCCGCUGGCGCUCCCGGGGCGCCUGAGGGAUGCCGACAGCUCACGGAUGGACCCCAAGAAGGUUGAAGCCAUCGUGCAUCGGCAGCCCCCUUCCAGCAUGCACCGGGCGCGGAGGUCCUUAGGAGUCACCAGCUUCUCUCGAUGGUUCAAGGGGUUUUCUGGCUCCUCUCAGCCAGAAGGGGCUUGUUUUUGGUGGCCACCUGAAGCACAAGCAGCUUUUGAGAAACGGAAACGAGUUUUCACGCCAGCUCCCGUUCUAGCCCACCUGGAGCGGGGGCUGGUCCUCGCGGGUGGGCUCGGUCCCACAGCACCCGAGGGGGCCAGUGACGGGUGCCAGAGACACUCCCAAAGGAGGCGAGGGGACGAGCCUGGUCCAGGGAAUCCAGUCGGGAGCAGCAGAAGCCAAGACCACAACGUAGCUCCAAGGUCCGACCAGGCGGUGGAGAGGGGGCUAAGCACACCUACCCCUAUACCACAGCUCAGGCCAGGCCUGGGCUUCAGUGAGCUCCCAGACCCGUGGACGUGGCUGGAGGUCCCUCCCUGGGGGCAGGACGUGGCCACCACGGUGCCAGCAGAGACGGGGGCAUCUUGGCACCGUGACCCCGGCUCGGGGGCUUGCGCACAGCCAGGACGCUUGUCCCAGCCGCUGGCUGAGGACUUUGAAACUUCCCAUUCUUGGUGCUUUGCCCCCAUCUCCUAGGUUCCAGGGUGAAGGACUUUUCAAACAACCAAUUUUAUGUCUUUUCCACUCUGCGGCGCCAAUAAAACUUAACCAGGA